AUGUUACCUGGAGGGAUUGAGUAUCCGCCACAGGUGAAGAACGGCUUUUGGGGGCCUAUCACUGCUACUAUCGACUGGUGCGAGGAGAAUUAUGUGGUUUCACAGUAUAUCGCAGAGUAUGUGAAUACUCUCACAAAUGCAGUCUUCAUCAUGCUUGCUUUUUAUGCCUUGCGCAAUGCUCUCAAGAACAAGCUUGAGAUGAGAUUUGUAUUGGCUGCCUUGGGCUUCGCUGUGGUUGGCAUAGGCAGUUGGCUUUUCCAUAUGACUUUGAGGUAUGAGUUCCAGCUGAUGGACGAGUUGCCGAUGAUUUACGGCACCUGCAUCCCCUGCUGGAACGUCUUCCAGACCAAUGCGACAAAGUCCUAUAGUCGCAAACUGGCUGUGGGAAUUGCCUCUGGUGCAUUGCUCCUUACUGCUGUCUAUUUACACUUCAAGAACCCCACAAUCCACCAAGCAGCCUAUGGAUCGCUCAAUGCCGUCAUCAUCAUCCAGAGUUUCCGUCUCACCCGGAGCUACGUCAAGGAUCCAAAGGUAUUGAAGCAGUUCAACUACAUGCUCAUUAGUGGGUUGAGUCAAUUCCUGUUUGGAUACUUUUUGUGGAACAUGGACAUUCACUUUUGCGAUUUCUGGAGAAGCUUGAGACAUACAGUAGGAUUACCCUACGGCUUGGUUCUGGAGGGUCAUGGUUGGUGGCAUCUUCUUACUGGAUCGGGUGUGUAUUUUUACCUACAAUACCUCGAGUAUCUCCGCAACUAUGUUCUUGGACAAGAACAGGACUACAAGCUGUCCUGGAGACUGAACUUCCUUCCGGUUGUAGAGCUCAAAACUGCAAAAGACUACAAGAAAAAUGAUUAG